AUGGCGCCGCUUCCGCCGCGCGAGCUCCUCUCUGUCAUCGAGGCGGCGCUGCUGGGCUCCGCGGCGCCGUCGCCUGCGCAGCGCGUGGAGCUCCUCCACGCCGUCCGUGACGCCGCCCCCGCGUUCCGCACGCUACUCUCCUAUCCGGGGCCCAAGGCGUCUGAUCGGACUCAGGUGGAGAGCAAAGAGGUGCGGCUCCCAGGCAUGCCGCCCAUCACUCUUGAUGACACCGACGUGCAGACUGCGCUUAAGUUAAGUGAUGAACUCAAUCUUAAUGAGAUUGAGUGUGUUCGUUUGCUAGUUGAUGCUAACAGAGAGUGGGUUUUGUAUGGUCGAGAGACAUUGGAAAUAUAUAGACUUGCAGCUGGCCUAUGGUACAUGGAGAGAAGGGAUCUUAUAACCGCUCUGUACAUUCUGUUGCGAUCUGUUGCACUUGACCAAGGUCUUGAUGCUGAUCUGAUGUCUGAAAUUGAGGAGCAAAUACAGCCUUUAUUUAAUGAUGGUCUUCGGCAACGGAUAAUUGCCCUUGUAAAGGAGCUGAACCGGGAAGAACCAGCUGGAAUUGGCCAACCAAGCUCUGAGCGUUAUGUGCUUGAUUUCAGAGGGGCUCUUGUGGAAAGAAGGGCAAUUGUCUCAAGAGAGAGAUUAAGUUUGAGCCACUGCCUCGCUCUUUCUGCACUUAUUAAACUAAUGAGCCUCAGAGAGGUUAAGGAUGUAUUUUCAAUAUUGAAAGACUGUGCAGCUGAAGCAAAUCAAAAUAGUAGUGUGGAGCUCCAGAUCACCUAUGGAGUUCUGUUCUCUCUUGUGGCAACUUUUAUUUCUGAUGCCCUAAGUACUCUUGAGAAAGCAUCAUUGUCAUCGUCUGAUUCCUCAUUUAGACGCGAAUUUCAUGAACUUGUGACGAGGACAGGUAACAAUUCGACUAUUGAAGGGUUUGUUGGUGUUAAUGAUGAUGAGGACAUUGUCUACAUGUACACUGGCUACACUCACAAGCUAAUGAUGUGCUUUAUUUCCCACCCUACUUCUAGAGAUAAGAUAAAGGAAAUUAAGGAGAAAGCAAUGACUGCCCUCAGUCCAUAUGGGCCACUGCGGGGUCAUCGGGAAGAUCUUGGUAGAAAUGGGGAACAAGUUGAUCAGCCUACUAAGGAGCCUUUUGUAUCCCUGCUGGAACUAGUUAGAGAAAUCUAUCAGAAAGAGCCUGAGCUAGGGAAUGGAAAUGAUGAACUGUGGACCUUUGUUAUAUAUGCAGGAGAAGACCACACCAACACACAAACUCUUGUGGCCUUCCUUGGACUUCUCAGUACUUUGGCUUCCACCGAAGUUGGUGCUGCCAAAGUCUAUGAGCUUCUCCAAGGAAAAACUUACCGUUCAGUGGGUUGGAGCACUUUGUUUGAUUGCUUAUCUAUCUAUGAGGAGAAGUUCAAAAAAUCGAUUCAAUCUUCUUCAAACAUACCGCCUGAUUUUCCUGAGGGGGAUGCACAGGCACUUGUUGCAUAUUUAGCUGUUCUUCAGAAGGUGGUGGAAAAUGGGAAUCCUAUGGAACGCAAGAAGUGGUUCCCUGACAUUGAACCUUUAUUCAAGCUUCUCAGCUAUGAAAAUGUGCCUCCGUACUUGAAGGGGGCUUUGCGAAAUUCAAUAACUGCAUUUAUCAAAGUGUCACCCCUACUAAAAGAUGCUAUUUGGAAUUAUCUUGAGCAAUAUGAUCUUCCGGUGGUUACGGCUCCAUUAGGUCACCAUACAGCAACACAGGUCUAUGAUAUGAGGUUUGAGUUGAAUGAAGUAGAAGCGAGGAGGGAGAGUUACCCCUCAACCAUAUCUUUCCUCAGAUUGAUCAAUGCACUUAUUGUAGAAGAAAGAAACAUAAGUGACAAAGGCCGGAGGUUCAUGGGUAUCUUUAAGUUUGUUUAUGAGGAUGUCUUUGGUCCUUUUCCUCAAAGAGCUUAUGCUGACCCCCUGGAAAAAUGGGAGCUCGCACUUGCCUGCUUGGAGCAUUUCCGCAUGGUUUUGAGCAUGUAUGACAUAAAGGAUGAUGAUAUUUAUGCUUCUGUGAACACAUUAGCUCCUUCCUCUAUCUCGAGACAGCUCCCUCUGCUAGAACUACUCAAAGAUUUCAUGAGUGGGAAAGUUGCUUUCCGGAAUAUUAUGAACAUCAUAUUAGUGGGUGUUGACUCUCUUAUCAAGGAGCGAACUACCCAAACAUACGGUAUCAUUUUGGAGAAAGCUGUCCAUCUAUCUCUUGAAAUAUUUAUUCUUGUCAUGGAGAGAGAUCUGGCUCUUGCUGAUGUUUUUCGGCCACUCUACCAGCCAUUGGAUGUUAUAUUAGCUCAAAGUCAGAGGCAGAUUGUAGCAUUGCUAGAGUUUGUACGAUAUGAUUAUCUUCCCCAAAUUCAACAGUGUUCUAUCAAAAUUAUGGGCAUCCUGAGUUCUAGAAUAGUUGGUUUGGUACAGUUGCUUUUGAAAGCUGAUGUUGGAAAAAUGGUAAUAGAAGAUUAUGCUGCUUGCUUGGAGUUCCGGUUUGAUGAUUUUCAGGUCAUAGAAGACACGAAAGAUGAUGUUGGAGUUCUAAUACUGCAGUUGCUUGUUGACAAUAUUUGUCGUCCAGCUCCAAACAUUACACAUUUGCUCUUGGGAUUUGAUGUCAAUGGAUCCAUUGAGCAAACAGUUCUAAAACCAAAAUCCCACUACAGUUGUUUGAAGAUAAUCCUUGAAAAUCUUGAAAAAGCGACAAAGCCAGAGAUAAAUGCCUUACUGCACGAAUUCAGUUUUCAGCUUCUCUACGAGUUAUGUCUUGAUCCUUUAACUUGUGGGCCUGUUAUGGAUCUCCUGAGUACAAAGAAGUACCAGUUCUUUUCUAAGCAUGUUGGAACCAUCGGAGUGACACCGCUCCCGAAAAGGAACAGUAACCAAUCUCUUCGUAUCAGCAUGCUCCAUGAGAGGGCAUGGUUGCUAAAGAUGUUAGCACUGGCAUUACAUAUAUCCGAUAUAUCGUCAUCUGUAUACAGGGAAGCCUGCGUGUCUAUUCUUUAUCAUACUUUUGGUCAGUGUGCUGAGAACUUCCAGAGCACAAGUUUGUUCGAUUCACGUGCUUUGACUAGCAUCAGCGAUGUACCAGCAAAGAGGAAUAAGGUUUUGGACUUGCUUGAGGUUCUACAGUUCAGAUGUCCGGACACUUCAAUGAAGUAUCCACAGCUGCUUUCCAACCUGGGAAUUGAAUCGAAGAUUGAAGAGAUCCUAAGGAACUCUGCAACUUUUGAAAAUGGUGGUGUAUAUUAUUAUUCAGAGAGAGGUGAUCGACUGAUUGAUCUUGAUGCUUUCCAUGAAAAACUUCUCCAGAUGUCACAAGAAUUGAACUCACAAUUAAGCGAGUCUGAGAAAGCCAGACUAAAAGAAUCAGUUCAUCAUUUGCUGAAAUGGGCUUGGCGAUAUAACAAAAAUCUUGAAGAGCAGGCUGCCCAACUUCACAUGUUAACUGGUUGGUCACAGAUUGUUGAAGUUGCUGUAUCAAGAAGGAUGUCAUUAUUUGAGGACCGUUCUCAGCUAUUGUUUGAGCUGCUUGAUGCUUCAUUGAAUGCCACAACAUCUCCAGAUUGUUCAGUGAAAAUGGCAUAUGUUUUAACGAAUGUAUCGUUGACCUGUAUGGCUAAACUGCGGGAUGAAAGAUUCAUAUGCCCAGCUGGUACAGAUUCUGAUGCGGUUUCUUGCCUUGACAUUAUUUCGUCAAAGCAGCUACCAAAUGCAGCUUGUAACUCAUUGCUAUUCAAGCUUGUGAUGGCAACACUAAGAAAUGAAUCAUCUGAAACCUUGAGAAGACGGCAAUAUGCAUUAUUACUGAGUUAUUUUCAGUAUUGUAGUAGCAUUCUUGACUCUGAUGUCCCUCCAUCUGUUCUUCGCUUCUUGCUACUGGAGGAGCAAGAGGGUGAUGAUGAGGACAUCACUCUUCAAAAGGUUCUCAAGGAGCACAGUGAAUUAGCACAUGCCAACUUUUCCAUCAUAAGGAAGGAAGCUCAAGCUAUCGUUGAUUUGGUUACGAAGGAUGCUGUCCAUGGUAGUGAAGCUGGGAAAGCAAUUUCCUUUUAUGUUCUUGAUGCAUUAAUUAGUAUUGACCAUGAAAAGUAUUUCUUAAAUCAACUUCAAAGUCGAGGGAUUCUUAGAUCAUGUCUGAGUGAUGUUACAAACUAUUUGUCAAAGGAUUCGUCAUGGGCAUCAGAAUCUUCACAGCGGUUUUGCACUGUCGAUGCUCAGUUUUCAUUACUGCUGAGAAUAAGUCAUCAUUAUGGCAAACAUGGCGCUCAGAUUCUGUUGUCCAUGGGUGCUUUACAAAAUCUUUCAUCAUGCAACCUCAUGGGUGGGCAGAAAAAGGUGCCACUUGCUCCCAAAAUCGUAAAAGAACGGAUUGGUGAAAUUGACAAGAAGAGGUCACUUAUUACACCUGUACUGCGAAUAGUCACCUCUUUUACAUCGCUUGUGGACUCGGCUGAUUUUCUUGAGGUGAAGAACAAGAUUGUACGAGAGAUAGUGGACUUUGCGAAGCAGCAUCAGUCGGUUUUUAAUAGCAUUUUAAGGGAGAACAUGACUGGAGCUAAUUUGCUCACAUUGGAGCAGCUUAGCAUGGCAGUUUCUAUUCUCAGCAAGGUUUGGGCGUACGAGGAAAAUGAGGAAUGCAGCUAUAUUCAAGAUCUAUUUUCCUUGAUGCAUUCUCUUUUUAGCCUCGACUUUGGUUCUCUAAAUCUUAUGCAAUCACCAAACAUGAUUGAGAAUCAUAAGUCAGAAUUGAUAGCAUUUGGUCUUUGCUUCAGCCUUGUCUCUUAUCUUUAUGUUCUGGCUACAAAGAAGAACAUGCGAUUUCAAGUUUCGUAUGGCCAUAAUAGUGAUCAGCAGCACCCAACACUACAAAUGGUUUCUGAUCUUCUGAAUUCAGUAACACUUGCCCUAGAAAGAGUAGGUGAUGAAAAAUAUAUGCUUUUAAACAAGAUCCGUGACUUGAAUGAGUUGUCCAGAAAGGAGGUUGAUGAGAUAAUAAAAGUAUGCAUGAAGCAAGAUUGUAUCUCUCCCAAUGAUAACAUCCGUAAGAGGAGGUACAUUGCAAUGAUAGAUUUGUGUUGCAUGGCUGGCAACCGAGACCAGCUUAUAACCCUUCUACUCCAAAUAACAGAAUGUGCCGUUACUAUUCUCCUUAUUCAUUUUCAGGACGAUGCUUCUGCAAAAGGUCUUUCUUCAUUUUCUGAUGAACUCCUUACUGUGCUGGAGAGACUAGAGCAUUUGAAAGAGGACAAAGUUGGACGUAAUCUGAAGUUGUUCCACAGAUCCGUUACUACACUUAAGGAGAUGACCAUCAGAACCAUGACCCUAUGA